AAACGUCCUUAAAUCUUGAGAACUCAAAAUGGGCAACGCCUUCAAUUCGGACUGGAUAGGAGACUACCCUUUCUCGGGCUUCAAACUAAGAUACUACCCAGAUGUGACCCCGUGCCCUUUCGAGGACGCCCCCAGCCCCAAAACCGAGAAAUAUUACGCCACGGACGGCAGAAAGGCGCGAGAGAUGCGCGCUUUGGAGGAAGAGAUGCGCAGUGCGAAGUUACCGCUGGAAGAUCGCGACUUCUGCGCGCAUCUCCUCUUGAAGUACAUGGCGUGCAGAAAGGAGAAGUUCCCGUUCGUCGUGUUUUGUUCGCACGAAAAGCACGUGUACUUGAACUGCAAAUACGACGAUUUUUUGAUAAGGAUGAAGGAGUACGAGAGGGAAAGAAGGCUGAUGGUGAUCGAUAAGAGAAAAAAGGAAUGUGAGCGGGGGAAAUAGUAAAAAAUGUAUCAAGAAUAUUCUUCUGUAAUAUGUUAAGUGUUAUGUUAAUCAUUAUGUAAAACUUUACGCAGGCCCUUAUUUGAUAUGGAUCUAACCCUUGUAUGUAGACAACAAAUAAAUAAUACUUAAACUCAAAUCAAAUUUAAACACAUAAAAAGAAAAAUUAUGCAAAGCCAAUAAACGAUUCCACGAAUUAACAUUUAUGUUGAUAUAGAACCGAUCUUUACCGAACAAACUCGACGACUGUGCUAAACGAAUGCAUAAAAAAUAAAGUUAUAACCUCGAUUUUACGUAUCAUUUCCUACUUGUGCACGUGUUGGCGCAGGUAAGCUCUUGCUCUUGUUUUUCCGCUCACUCGAUUCUAUUAAUACCAACAGAAACAUGAAUUAGACACUAGAAAUAGUGACUGUGUGCUUUUUAUAACG